AUCCAUGGCAUUAAAAUGUAUACUUAUUCAAGUUUAUAUUUAUUAUCAUGAUCACAACAUUCUAACAACCGACGGAAAACAGUGUUUCAUGUCUGACGUUACGUUACAGAUUACUUUAGUAAAUAUUUACAUAAAAUCCGACAUGAAAACGAAAACGAUUCAACCCCAAUAAAAAGUAUUAUCAACCUACGUGAUUACUUAUCCAAUUCGAUCAAAAAUAAUCAUUUAUAUUCAUAACGGUAAUAAUAACAUUUAUGCAAGAUAGUAAAGGUUACAAUAUUUAUGAGCAGUCGUCAAAUUGUACAGUCAAAUAUAAAGCUUUUUCUAUAUUUGGCCUUUUACUAGCUGUGGUUAUAUAAAGCUGCAGUGAAAAGCGUGUAUUCAAAUACUUUUGGUCAUGACUGUACGGCCGCACAAAAGAUUGAUCGAUAUUCAAUAUCAAAUAAUAUCCAAGCAAUCUCAAUCAGAUAUCAAUACCGCUUUGUAAUAAAGCUUCUGACUGCGUUCCUUAUUGAAAUAUGUCACGCAAGCUUUGUAAUUAAAUCCAGAGAAAGCUUUCAUUCUUCAGUAACAUUUCGUUCACAGCACUUUAGCUUAGGUUUCGCGUGGGUAAUAAGAGUUCUGUCUGUAGAAUUGGAAAUAUUAUAUGUAGUUAUGAUAUUGCAUCCUGGCCAAGCCGCCGCCGCAGCCGCAGCAUUACCGUGGGCCGGUGCUGAUCAUGCACCCGGGACCCGGCCGCGAGCGCCAGGAGAUCUACUUCGGGCCGGCCUUCGGCUUCGAGCUCGUGGCGGAGGACAGCGGCAUUGACAGCGAAUCGGAGAGCCGCAGCGGCGGCGGCGUGCGUCAGGAGUUCAGGAACUUUGAUAUAAGCGGAGACGAAAACAGCAACAAAUCCGAUUCAGACGCUCAAUCGGAAGCCGAUGGCGAUGAAGCUCAGGACUCGCCUCCUCUGCUAGAAGUGGAGCUCACGGCCUCAGAGGAAGAAGACGAAGGGUCGGUCUUGGAGCUGGUCAUUCCAAUGCAGAAAAAGGGGCAGUACCGCCGCGUCCCGAAGGAUGAGAAAGGGGAGCGAAAGAAGCAGAAGUCCCUCUUCCGCCGUCGCCCCUUCCGCUGGAUGAGCUGCUGUUUCCUUCCGUUCAAGAAAAACAAUAAAUGGUAAAUAAUACCGGCUCGAUUCUCUGUAGCUUUCCGUGUCAAUUGUUGCUCUUUUGUUUCUGCGCGAUUGUAGGGUGGUUCUGAGAUACAAUGGUAUUUUUGCUUAAAAGGAUUGAUUUGCUUGUAAUUAACUCAAUACCUACCUUAGAAUGUAAAUUCUGGCCAUAACCAAAAGGAAAAUGUCCCGUGAAGCAACGUAUAAGUUUUAUAUGAAUUGUAUAGAAGUGAUAGUCCUUCUAAAGUGCACAAUGUAAUAGUAAAUUACUACGACAUCGCUUCAUCUAUUACCUAUUAUUUAUAACAAAAAAGUUUUAUUAAUAUAAUUUUUUCACAUAAUUUGUAUUUAUUACAAAAUGUGUUGCGUAAGUAAAUUCAAGUACGUUUUUUAAGUAGGAAAACUUAGUUUUUUUUCCAAAGGUUGUACUUAUUGAAAUGCCUAAAUAGUUAAGUUCUUAAGUGUUGCUUAAAGGAAACUAUUUUAUUUUAGAACUUUCAUACUCUCUACUAACUAGGUAAGUAGUUCGGAUUAUUCAAGGAAUAUCCUUAAGUUCUGAAAAGUAUGUUAAGACCUCGUUAUAAUAUGUUAAUUUGUUCAUAUUAUGUAUGUUCAUGGGUAUUUCCCAUUAUUUACUUUUAUGUUAUUUAUUAGUAGGUUUCGACUCUUUGCUUUAGUGAAAGUAAGUAAGUAAUUUUAUUACACAACUUAUUUGUAAUUCUUUACCUAUAUUUUAAGAAAAGAAAAAAUGAAUUAUUUACUGUAGUCAAUUUGAAAUCUUACUGUUUUGACAAACAUACAGGGAGUUAACUUUACCAUAUCUAUUUUUUAGUUACUUAAUCAAGGUCAGGCAGUUUUUUUCACGCUGUACUUACCUAAUGAUAAUCAAUUAUCAAUUAAUUUUAUAUACUUACUGUAAAACUUUUGCCAAAACACUAUGUCUAAGACAUAAUAAUAAUUAAUCGCAACUAUUUUAAUAACAAGUCUGUGAGAGCAAUUGCUUAAUGGAUAAGAAUUAGCAUGAUAUAUGCGAGUCACUUCCGACUAACAACUUACUCCUUUUUGGAUACCUUAUGUAUCCAAAAAAAUAAGUUUUUUUAUAAACGUUCUGGUACUUAUGAAAAUGAUAACAUUUUUUGAACCGGUGUAACCAUGAAUAAAGAAUGAGAGCUUAUCUUGUCUAGAAUAUAAAGAAUAUAUCUUGAUUGUAAUUUUGUAUAAAGGAUAAACCCAAGAAGGUGGUGGCUUCGGGUGUGGUUCUGUUAUCUCAACUGAUAUCCGAAGUGCCAAUUUCUCCAUAGUCGGUUAUCUAACCGACAGGGAUUGGUUAAUCAAUUAUACGUCAUCUUCAUAUAAAAUUCUUGACAGAUGUGUCAAAAGUCAACCACUAAUACCUGGUUAUGCUCUAACCGACUAUGGAGAAAUUGGAGCUAAGGAAUCUUGAGUUUGACAAUGCUAACUUCGCAACAAAAAUAAGUGCCAAUUGCAAAAAAAGUGUCUAAUUUCAAAAUAAGAAGACUUCAUCUUUCAGUAUCUAUAUCAUCGUUCUCCCAUGCCUCGUAAUAAUAUAGUUUACACCAGGAUAUACUGUAGGGCUACACAUCAGUAUUUAUGUUUCAUCAUCGCCAUAGAGAUUUGGCCAUUCUCCUUUCUGACACUGAUGCAAUACUUUCUCUUCUUCAUUCAGUUACCAUAACAAUCGAUGUUAUUAUCAGACAAA